AUGGAUCAGUUGCCAUCAAUUGAUGAGAUUCAUGCAGCGGUUUUUGAUUUGGGUGCAGAUAGUGCGCCAGGGCCAGAUGGGUUUGCUGGUUUUUUCUAUGGGCAUUGUUGGGAGAUUAUCCGGGAGGAUUUGGUUAAUGCUAUUCUGUUUUGUUGGUCUAAUAUAUUCAUUCCUCACGGCGUGAAUUCUAGUCUUCUCAUGCUUCUGCCUAAAGAGAGAGGUGCUAAUACUCUUCGUAACUUUAGGCCGAUUGGUCUUACUUCAGAGAUGGUGAAUGAAACGCAGAUUAAGCGGAAACAUAGUAAUGUUAGGUUAAAACUUGAUAUAACUCAGGCAUUUGACGCGGUUAGUUGGACUUUCAUCUUGGAGGUGUUUCGAAGAUAUGGUUUUUCUGAGAGUUGGUGUGACUGGAUUCUCCAAAUUCUCAAGUCUGCUAGAAUUUCGGUUCCCGUCAAUGGUAGCCCGGAAGGUUUCUUCAGUAUUGAUAGAGGGCUUCGUCAGGGUAACAUGAAGAGUUUGAGAAAUCUGGUGGAUUUUUUGGGUUUAUAUCAACGUGCUUCGGGUCAAACAGUAAGUCGAGAGAAGAGUAAACUAUAUUUUGGUGGUGGUUCUUUGAAUAUGAGAGCUACUAUUUCUGCUUUUCUGGGGAUGCCUAUUGCUAUUUUUCCAGAUAGGUAUUUAGGGGUUAAGGUUAUGCCUGAAGCCAUUAAAUAUCAUCAUGUAGCCAAUGUUGUUGAGAAGAUCAAAGAACAACUUGCGGGUUGGAAGGGAAGGAUGCUUUCUUUUCAAGACAGAGUGGUGUUGGUAAAAUCUGUGUUAGCUAGUUAUUCGAUUCAUAAUAUGGCUGUUUAUAAGUGGCCAAGAAAAUUUAUUCAUGUGUGA